AUGACUGCCCUUCUAUACCUUGCCGCGUUCGCGCUGCUAGGACAAACGAAUGCAAUUGUAGAACUAAAUUGUAGUGACAAUGCUACGUGCAUUGAGCAAAUGGCUACGGAAUUUAUUAGCAGUAUUCGCCAGCAGAAGGCGGUUCGGCUAUUUGAUACAUUCACGAUCGAGCCGUUAGGGAAUUUGAGGCAGGCGAGAGGACAUAAGGAUCCUUUAACACAAAUGCUGACCAGCCACGCAAUUAGCUUCGACUGGAAUGAUUUUACGUUUAAGUUUUCAAAUGUUGAGGACAAGAGUGAAGCUAUGGACUUGGAGAUCUACGAGAGCAGGACUGCGGCUAAGGAUGACUCGGAAGAAGCUCCGAAGAAAUCUAACAGCAAAGUUGAAGAAGAGAAACCAGAGGACAAAACACCAAAGGGCAUUCGGCGGAAGCGACCAAAGCGUAGAGUAAUGCAAGCAGUAAUCCCUGUACUCUUCGGGAUGAAGUCAGCGGCUAUUGCCAUCUUCUCCCUGAUGAUUGUCACCGUUAUAACCAUCAAAGCGUUCUUCGCCAGCAAGUUGGCACUCCUGGUUACUGUUGGAAUGGCAGCCAAGAAACUGUACGAAAACUACACAAACGGUGCCGGCUUCCAAAGCCAACCAUAUCUAUACUCACAAUACCCGAUCGAAUUCCCGAGCGCCUCAUCGCACGCAUACUCUGUGAACGGAGUGAGUCCGCAAUUUGCUCCCGCUGAUCAACUGUACAGCCCAACUGGGCUAUCCCCUCAGCAAACACAAGAAAUUAUACAAAACCAGGAACCAAGUGCUCAGCAGUCGCAACAGGCGCCAGUAGUAUCUAACUCGACACGAGCUGCUUCAGAACGAUGGGAUGGGUACCGGAGGCGUCCAAUAUAUUUCGGAAGGUCGCAUACUACUUCAGGCUUUUAUUCGGCCUCCCACAGACGCCGCUAACAGCCCCUUCAAUGCCGAUGCCUUUUUAUUCAUUGCCGCAAAUGACAGACCAGAUGGCAAUGUUUAGCCCAACAAUGACAAUGCCAACAGUCUGACAAAAUUGGACAUCAGGAACGUUAAUUGGAUCAAGUGGCGUCAUUAAUUACUAAUCAUGCUAAAUGUCAGAUUGCCACGUCAACUUGGUCCUAAUUUUAAAUGACGUGGUGAUCUGACAUUUAGCAAUAACAAAAACCACAAUGUUUCCAAUUACUGGACAGAAUGAUUUGGUCUUUCUAACUCUUGUCCUUGUUAAAAUUGGAUUCCUCCAGCGAAUUCGAAGCAUUGUGGCAAUAUUGAUUUAAGACUGAUUUAAACUAAAUUGUUAUUUUAACUGAGGUAUUUUUGAGUGAGCCCGUCGACUUUGAGAUAAUGUUAGAUUAAUUAUUAAUUAAGUAAGUGUUGUUAAGGAUAUUU